AUGAUACUCAAACUCUGGUUUGAAUUCAAUUACAUCGCUUUACCUUGUAAACUAGCUUCCUAUGCCCCUUUCGCAACAUCUGUGUUGCAACUACAAACCCUCCAGUGGCGGGCAGUGUCACGCCAACACCUCAAGCGGAUCCCUGAUGGCCUGCUUUUUCAGGCUGCCAGCAAGAUAACGACUUCAUCCAGUAUUCAAGACAAGCAAUUCUGCAACCAGCCUCCUGAUGUGAUUCAUCAAGCUUGCAGUACCACUGUCGCCCAUACCCAAAGACUUCUACUCCGGUGGCAUCGCUCCCUGCGCCUUCAAAAGCAGGAACCUUCCUGGUAUAGAGAUCGACUACGAGAGGAACUCUACGAAAGGAGGCAAGCAAAGACCUUGUGUCAGAAGCUCAGUGAGACUGCCGACGUCUUCUACAUCACCAGCCGCUCGCAUCACGAUGGAUACCCCCUGCGACGCCUACCCAGCUUCGCCUUCUCGCAUCUCUUGGUGUACGCCUAUCUCCUGCCGAAAUAUACACUGAGGUGGAAGUUUUACCGCUUGGCUGCAUACUUGUGUAGCUCCCCGAACCCGGGUUUCGUGCGCGAGGUCGUCAACCCUGCCAAGGACCACAAGCUUCAUGAGGUGGCCAGUCGCCAUAGCAUCGACCCGGAAACGUUUGCGCGGGUUUGCCGCCGACUCCGAUAUUUUUGGCCCCUUCUUCCAUGA